AUGAAAACAGUCAAAUAUAGAUAUUGUUCAAGAAUACAUUGAACGCCUCAGACAAAGGCAAAACAUACUUCUUCCAACACAACAAUGAGUCGAAGCACACAGACAAGAUAACAAGGUAGUGGCUUCUGGAGCAAUCUGUGACUGUCCUGUUGCCCAGCAAGAGGUCAUACUUAAAUCCAAUCUAAAUCUAUGUAAAUAACUGAAAAUGAUUGCCUUCCAACACUACCUAUCCAACCUGACUGAGCCUGACAGGAUAUGUGUUAAAGAAAUGGUAAACAUACCCCGUAAAACAGGACUGCUGAGCUUGUCGAGGCAUACCUUAUGUACCUAUUGUGUUAAAUUCCAUUUUUAUAAAUUUACAAAAUGUCUGAAAAAAUGUACUUUGUUACACUGGGCUAUUUUGAGUUGAGUUUUAAAAAGAAUAUUAACCUCACAUCAGUUUGAAAAUAAGUCUGUAACAUGAGAAAAUGUGGAAAAGGCGCCCCAGUGUAAAUAUUUUCUAGCGACACUGUAUCAGAUCAGAAGAAGGGCCUUACAGCUUACGAUUAAUAAGAAACGCAAUUUAAAUUGUUCUGAAAUGAGCGCCGAAUUAUUCAUUUACUGUUUGGUAUAAUAAUGUUAUCAGCAAACAAACUUUUUUUCACCCAUUAUCACUCAGUGGUAUGUGAAUGAUUUUGUUCUUGUGUUUUUGAGUUCAUUUGUGAAAGAAAAAAAAAAAUAAAGAAAUAAAUGCAUUCAUUUAGUUUGCUUCAGUUAUUUCAGUUAUUUUUUGGGUGGGGCCGCUUUGGCACCAAAACUGCUUAUCCUGCACAAGAAGCGACAGCUUUGAGUCACUUACAGUUAGCAGUGACAAGAAGAGACCUGGCCACAUCCCUCUAACAGGGACCCAGAAGGAAGAUGUUGUAGCUGGCAGGUGUGCUGCAGAGAACAUGCCUUCCCUUUUUUUAACUGUUCUAUAUUACACCCAAUUACAGUUUUUUUUUAUGUUAUCUUCUGCCCUGCUCUGAAAAACAAACAUGGUCUGUGUCUGAAAAACGUUCCCCUGGAUAAAGCAGAACUAUGACAAUCAACAGGAAACCAGUCAGAUAGGAGAACACGCGUUGCGCGAACUCGUGAACAAGCUCAGUUCUUGCAUCCUCGCUUCACUUUCUGACACCACAUUUAUAUGUAAUGAAUUUGCAAGCACCUGCAUUCUGUUGUUGAAACGUUCAUAUGAAUUCACAUUGUUAAUCGUGUUAGUUAAAAGGCUGCUAGUGACAGAAAGUGAAAUCAAAAGUCAUGACAUAUUGGGAUUUCCCAAAAAACACAGAUUUGUGUUGCCUUUUAAUUUUUUUCCGGUGUGGUUCCCCGCUGCUUUGUAACGUAACGCUUUUGUUGUACUUUGGUACAGUGUGUUCUGAAAAAAACAGAAUAGGUUGUUAUAGGGGAAAAUAUGAACACUGAGGAAGAAAUUUUGCAAAGCUGAAUCGGUCAGCGUGACAUGAACAGGUCUAAUGUGGAGGAAGUCUUCACUAUGACUGCGCCUUAAGAUUCGAUUCCAAGUGUGAAUCAAACAUGUGGCCGUUACUACAGUUGGUAGGAUGAAGGUUGUCACAUGGUUCAUUUCCUCUCAGAAACACUAUUGAGCUCAGACCCCAUUUCCUCACCAGCCUUCCUCAGUCAGAGUAUCUGUGCCUCCAUCUACAACUGCCACUCACACGUGUCCACCUGCCUUAUUUGCCUCUCUGGUUUCCAAGAGAUUGGACAGAUGUAUUUCCUCAGUGACAACACCAUGUAAUAAGUGGCCAUUUCCAUCGAAUCAUGACGGGGAAUUCCAGCAGAUUGCAGCUCGACAAUGCAACCCUAGCAAUGUUUCAGAAUGUGAAGACCAGCACUGCCAUUUCUGCAAUAUACAUGGUUGUCACUGUCAUCAACCUGGUGGGGAAUGGCCUGUCAAUUUGGCUCCUGGUGUUUCGUACCUCCCCAAAGACCCCAUCCAUCAUCUUCAUGAUUAAUCUGACGCUCACCGACUUGGCUCUUGGCUGCGCCCUUCCCUUUCAGAUAUCCUAUCAGCUCCAGGGAUAUAACUGGACUCUGGGCUCCAAGAUGUGCAGCUUCCUGACCCUCGUUUUCUACACCAACAUGUAUUGUUCUAUCCUGACGAUGAUGGCCAUCGGCAUUGACCGCUACCUGGGCAUUGUGAAGCCCAUGGUGUUCAGAAAGAAUAAGAGGAGAAAGUCGAUUGCCGUUAUCAGCUGCCUCCUGAUGUGGGGUUUGGUCCUGGGUGUCCUAUACCCUCUCAUGACCACGGACCUGACCUAUCACAUCCCAGAACUCGGAAUCACCACAUGCUUUGACGUGCUGAAGAUGAGUAUGCUGCCGUCGGUGGCAGCUUGGGCGGCUUUCCUGUUCACCUUGGUGUUUAUCCUCUUCCUCUUACCCUUCUGUGUCACAACGUUCUGCUAUGUUAGUGUCAUAUACAAGCUGUCCAGUGAUUGUAAGACAGUCCAGAAAGGGAGGGCUAUCCGUCUGGCUGUUGUUGUCCUUGUGGUCUAUGCGGUCUGUUUUGCUCCCAACAACAUCCUCUUGUUGACUCAUAGUGUCCUAAGACUCUUCUAUAACAAGUCCAUGUACAUGGCCUACAAGCUCUCUCUCUGUUUUAGCUGUCUAAACAGCUGUCUUGACCCUUUCAUAUAUUACUUUGCUUCAAAAGAUUUCAGGCAGAAGUUGAGACAAAUAAUGAAUCUUCACACCCUGAGUAGCAUGGACACUAUAAGGUUGGAGAACAAAGAGACCUUGUACUCUGGAUAAGCAGAUUUAGAAGGUGAAAAUGUUUGUGAUGUUGCAACCACCUUAGAGAUACAAAAUCCAGCAAAAAGACUUGUGAAAGGAACAAGUGACUAAACAAAAUGAGUGGUUUUGAUAUCUUGCAACAUGUGCUCUUGGUUCAUGUUGCAAGAUGUUUUGUACAACUCUUCCUUUCAACCACAGAGCCCAAACCGGACAACAUCUUUUGAACUAUAUCUGUUAGACAAGGACUAAAAUUUUUUAUCCUUUCAGUCAUUCUGUUUCUUCUAUUUUAUGAUAUAUGAUAAAGUGAUUAGGGAUUGCCACGAGAGGCCCAAGUUAUUUAGCUUGUCCAUCAGUUCACCUUCCUCGGGUAUAUGCAGUUGUAACCUGAUGUCUGCCAAUGAUACAGUCGUUUACUUGCUUGACGAAGAGGCCGGAAAAGCAGCUGUUUAGAUCGUUGCAUCAUGAGCAGUAACAGACAGGCUUGAGUCUUCGCACCUUACAGUGACAGAAUGUAUUUUGCCAAAAAGUUUAUGAAAGAUCUGUCCAAAUUUUGGUGGUAUAUAAAUUAACAAUGUGGAAAAAGUUUAAUAUUUAGGUUAAUGUCAACAAGUACUUAAUGAAGACGGUGACAUAUGUUAUAACAGUUCAGAUGUGUCAAAAAUGUGUUAUCUGAGUCCAUGAUUCCAUAUCCUGCUUGCUGUAAGCACUAUGAUCAAGCCUUCUUACAGUCUCUUCUUUUCACAGUAUUAUAAUCUGUGUAUUUUUCUUGAUCAAGAUUAAAUGUCCAUUUGUAACAAACAAAAUAUGUACUCACAUGAUUGACUUGUUCCUUUAAAUUAGCUGAAAAUAUCACGCAUUUGUUACAUACAGAUACAGAGAAUCUCAAAGUUUGCAGAGAGAGUAGAAUACUGUUAUUGAAUACAUAUUAUUCAACUAAAGUAAGAUUUUUUUUGACAUUCUAUAUAACAUGAACCAACAGGAUUAGUUGUCUCUGGUCGGGUUUACUACCUAAACCAGACAUUUAUAAACAUCGACCAGGAAUAUGUGAAGAUAAAAUUGUAAUAUAAGCGAGGGAAUCGUUUUGUUUAAUUCUACAUUUAUGCUGUAUUUGUAUUUUAUGUUUCAUUUAUAUGCCCUUGGACUAUGGAUAAAAUUUUUCCUGAAGUACAGUAUCAUUUAAUGCAUCUAUUAUCUUAUGAAAAGAUUGUUAUUCCCUCAUGCACGAGCCCUGACAAGCAAACAACUCAAAGCCAUUGCCACUGGCUUUUCCCAGUUAUAAAACACAGAUAAGUUUACUUCCAAUGUAUAUUUGAAAAUCACACCAUAACUGUUAUUUUUUGUGCAAAAUAUGUAGCAUGCAAAGCUGUGAACUGAUGUAAAAAUGUACCUAUUGCGUCAACCUAAUACACACAAGGUUUUUUUCUUGGGUUGUUGUCUUAUAUAUUUGUAAAAAUGUCUGUGUUCUGUGCGUAUGUUUGAAAUGUUUUUCUUUUAAUAAACCAUAUGAAAUAUU